AUGCUUGAGAUCGCCCAUGUCAUCGACACAUGGACGGAUUACACAGCGGUACUACAUCGUGCUGAAGCCUAUGAAGCCUGCACUGAAGCCCAGCGUCAAGGCCUACGACCUUGUGUUCUACGUGCGGGCCGACAUGUCUUUCCUCGAGAACGACCAGUGCGGGUGACAGAUGGACUUGGAAUUGUCAUCGAUGUGCCAUUGCUCUUCAAUGACGAAGAAUGGAACACUUAUGUACGGCCACGCAUUGAACAAUGGCCUGAGUUUGUCCAACAACCACAACCAGAUGCAGAGAAUGACGAUGAUCAUGUGGCUCUCAUGGCACGUCGUCCGCGUGCACGUGGCCUCACGUCCUCUGGCUCUUCCCGCUCUACAUCAAGUACAGACACAAGCACAGCCAGCGUGCCCUCACACAUUGACACUGCCGCAUGGCGUCGCACAGUUGUCUUUCCCUUCGAUGGAGCAGCUAUUUCAUGCCUUUUACCUGAUGAACCAGGGCCAGAACAGCUUUAUCAAAUUGGCCUUGCACUUCCCGGUUCACAGGGCGAUGUUGCCACUGCCCACAUUGUCUCUGAGAAACCGGAAGAUCUUGUUGCAAUGGACUUGGACUGUAUGCUGGUCACCAAGGCUCACCAGAUGAGACCCAACCCAUUUAUGCGGCUGGUUCUCUUGGAUUUAGAGAUCUUUGAGGAAAACGACAUCCUACCUGGAGCAUUCCAACGUUCCGCGAAGUGGAUGCCCCACACCGCAACCAGGCUAUCACUGUUUCGCAUCUUAUGCCUCGAGAACAUCUUCAUGCUCCAUGCAGACAAGACUAGUCUCUGGAUUAACAAUAUCCUCAUCGAUUCAGCUGCAAAUGACGCACUCACCAUCGAAGAUGGUGAUUAUAUCAAGAUCUUCAUUGGCAACGACGAGUACUGCUUCCAAUGCACUGAGGACCAAGACACCAUGGCACUCCUGCAGACAGCCAUCACACAGGCAAUCUCAGUGAUGCAGGACCAGGGACAUCAGGCAGCCAGCUUUGCUGAAUGCAAGACACAUACUCCCACCUCAGUCUGCCAAAUAGAUGAUCGACCUGAAACAAUCUCCCUCAGCUUCACGGAUGAAUUCUUGAGAGCUGUCGAAGCAAUGCGUACUGCGGCUGACGCCAUGCCGGAGUUCCCAGAAGAUGACCCAGGCGACAUCACUGCCUAUGAUCCGUGGGUGCAACGAUUGCAUGAGGCUUGGACUCGCGCAGCUACCAUCGGGCCAGGAGGCAUGGAACGCCUGGGUAGAGUGGAAACCUGGUUCACCGACCAUGCGAACUUUCAAAGGUGCCACCAUACGAGAAUCGCAGUUCUUGGACCAGAUGCCCACCGCUGGGAAGAACAACUGCGUCACCUUUGGCGUCAAUAUCUUCUCCUUGGUGCGCCGCUUGAAUUUCACAUGGUCGAGCCCACACCAGAGGAUGCAUCAGGACAAAUUAUUGGCCAGCUGCUACUUGUCCAGCGACCUCAUGUCUAUCAACGCUCAGUUGUCAUUUCAACCUAUGACAACGAGUACGAUCAGGGUCGUGCCCAUUCCACAGCUGUGGUUAUGGGCACUCGUGUCGACCUCCACUCUGUUUGCACCAUGAUGCAGGCCCACGAAGAUUGUCCUCCAGAAAACCCCGAGAACAGGUGCACUCUCUGGUCAGGACUGCGGCCCAUGGAGCCACGAGAACGAGUUUAUGCUAGGCAUGGCAGCCUCUUCAAAUUGGUUAUCCAGCGGGCCUUACACGCCAAUGUGGCUGCUGCAUCUGGCACCAACUUGCGAGAACGAAUGAGAGCAAUUGAUGCUAGAGUGAUCUCUGGCCACAUGAUCUCUGGCCACACACCACUAUGGUUGCAAGCACUACACCGAGUCUUUCAAGAUCUUGCCGAAACAGAGCGCACUGAUGAAGGUCCAGUAGCAUAUGUUGCCACCUGGUAUCUCCAUGCAUCUUAUGCUCCACGUUGUGAACCAGGACGCACCGUGCGCUUGCGUGAUGAUCCCUUGAAUUGGCAACGCGCUCUCAGUGAAGCUUGGGGCGAUCGGUAUGACUCCAGCAGACCAGCUGAUCUUUUCUGGAUCUCACCAGCCCCACCGUCCUCUUUGACAGAUCAUGUUUUGGGCCACAUCUUGAUUGUCCAAGCGCUGCCAGCACACUCCGUUGCAACACUGUUGACUGCCAGAGUCCGUGACCAAGAAGGACAAACCCUGCGUAGGGUUGCAGCAUGCAUCCCACAGGCCUCCUCCGCUGAGGACAUCGUAGCUGCAUUUCCCAUUCCAGGACCUUUGCUGAGAUACCCUAGAAGAGUUGGACGUGGCCAAACCUUCUUCGAUCCCAACACGCCGACGCAGGUUGCUUCUGGUGAGGGCCUUGUGAUUGACAUCAUUAACACAACGCUCACACCUCCACUAGACACCAAUACUGAAGGCAUCAAUCUCCUACAAACACAUGUGCACCGCACUCGGCAGCCAAUUUACAGCUCUUUGCGGGACAAACAUGCAAUUGACGAGCGAAGGUGCCUAACAGUUGGGCAGGUGGCUCAUACCCAACGACCUUCCUCGCAGGAUGCAAAGCAGAUCAUUUGUCUUGAGGAGACCAUCCCUGUAUCCCCGAAGAUUCAGGUCGACUUCAAGUCAGUCCAACAGGUCCUAGAGGUCAUCCAUGCGGCAGUGAAUGAGUUCCUGCAAGCCUGGCCCGACGAACUUGAGUUGCCACAGGUCACUCAGGACGCUCUCUCUGGACUCAUUUCAGCUCCAGAUGAGGUCCCCCUUGCCCUGCAUUUUUACACUGAUGGAUCAAAAAUUCCUGAAGGAGCUGUUGGUGCAGGCAUUGUUCUACUCACUGAGUCACAGCAGGGUCUGUCUUAUGGAGGUGCACUCUGCAAAGUGAUCACACCAGAAGGCCAUGCAGGUGCAGGUGAAAACGGUGCAGUCAUCUGGGCUCUUCUUUGGGCGCUUCAACUUGGCAACCAUUUGUGGACGCAUUAUGGAGCUGCGGACAUUCAUUUCUACUUCCAUUUCGAUGCAUUGAAUGCCGGCUACUUGGCGGGCGGCUACUUUCGCACAAAACAAUUUCCGCACCAUCGCGCCCUGAUGCGCAGUCUUGCUCACAUUCUUCAGGGUAGGCACGGCCUUUCCAGAAUGCACUGGCGACAUGUCAAGGCACAUGCAGGCAACCCAUGGAAUGAGCUUGCCGACACGAUCGCCAAGUUUGCCUCGCAGCACCCUGAGCAAGUACCACAUAGCGAACUGUGGCACGCUUGGCUUCAAGAUCCGGUGCAGCUGCUUGCUGUCCAGUGGGUCUGGUAUCUGGAACAAAUGCAAGCCGAGUGCCCGCAUGCUCCUCAACUACGAAAUGGCUUUCUUGAGUGCAAUCUCACACAAGUACCCCAAGCCCCGCCAGAAGACCCUGUGCACCAGACUCCAGAUGCUCACCUUGACUCUGCGCUUGAGCUGACUCAGAUUGACAUCACAAUCGCUACAGCAAAUGUCUUGACGCUUCGCACUGAAGACUGUCCACAGCAAGGCACUAGCAUUUCGCGACAAUUUGUCAUCAUGCAGCAAUUUAAUGACGCAGGUUGUAUUUUCGUUGGCAUCCAAGAGACGAGGCACAAGCAUCUUGCCGGAAUCAACAAUCCCUGGUAUCACGUCCUGGGUCACCCAGCGACGCCUCAAGGACAAGAUGGAAUACAACUUUGGAUUUCAUCCUGUAUUCCUCUCAGUACCACCAAUGCCCUCAUCCGACGAGAGCACAUCCGCAUUGUCUAUUCCUGCCCCACUACACUCAUUGCCAAGGUCAACAUUGGUACCUGGAAAUGUGUAGUUGUUACCAGCAGGGCGCCUCAUUCCGGUCGACCACGACAUGAAGCAUUGUCCCAUUGGAGUGCCAUCACCACAGCGUUACAUCGCAAAGCGGCCGGAUGGCCUAUUUUCUUCUGUGGAGAUGCCAAUGCGCAUGUUGGAGGGUGCCCCACUACGGCAGUUGGUGACCUUGCCCUUGCCCAGGAGAAUCAGGCGGGUGAAUUAUUCCAUCACUGGCUACUGGCCCACAACUUGAAGUUGCCAGCCACCUUUGCGGAGUCACACUAUGGACUUGCCCAUCACUCUUACCAUUCACCUGAUGGUAAGCAUGGGACCAGGAUCGACUAUGUUGCAGUGCCACAGGAGACUCAGUAUGACACGCUGAACUCUUGGAUUGCAGAGGACAUUGAUCUCAGUGUGCUACGAACUGAUCAUCAUGCGGUUCUAUGUCACUGUUCUUUCGCUGUGCCUGCACCCUCACAAAGACGCAUGAGGAAGAAACCUGUAUGGGAUUCUCACUUUCUCAGCCAGCAGCUCUUGCAGGAAGAUGUUUUGUACACACUGCACUCUGCGGUACCCUCGAUCCCAUGGUAUGUGGAUCCUCAUGUUGCGGCCUCCCAACUUGCCCAUUACACCACAGUCGCCCUGCAACAAGUUGCACGCCCUCGGAAGACAUGGAGGAGGAAGAGCCACAUUUCCGACAACACCUGGGCACUCAUUGAACACAAGAAGUUUCACUUCAAGCAUCUCAGGCAAUUGACACGUACCUGGCGACUUACUACAUUGCAGGCCUGCUUCCUGUCCUGGAAAAAACCAACAUCGACAGGCACAAGUGGUACUUCGACAGUUUGCCAAGAUCUACAACGUGAUCUACCCCACUGGAAGAAACUGCAUGACUUUGCUGUUGCCCAGACGACCAGGCAGUAUCGACAGGCCGCACAGCAAGCCAAGCAAGCGAUACAAGAAGAAGAUUUGGCCUACUACCAGAAUUUGGCUUGUCAGGCGACACACACCUAUUCGGUUGAAGGUCUCGCAGGCGUUUGGAAGCACUUCCGUGCCAUCCUCCCCAAGAACAAAAGCAAAAGACACAUGAUUCAGCACGAUCUCGGACCAUCACUACUUCAACACUUUCAGACCCUGGAAGCAGGAGUCUCAUUCGAAUGCCAGCAGCUUCGACACCAAUGUAUCCAGCGCAACAACAAAGAGAUCGGAGCACGUCCCCUCGUGCAGCAGAUCGAUUUACAAGAGCUUCCUACUCUGGUUGAAAUUGAAGAUCAUUGCCUGAAGCAACGCCCACACAAGGCGACUGGACCAGAUGGAGUUCCUUCCUCGCUUUGUCGGACAGGCUCCGUCGCCAUUGCCCCGCAUCUUCAUUCGUUGGUAUGCAAAAGCUUUUUGCUGGGCAUUGAGCCUUUUCCACACAAAGGCGGGCAUCUUUGCGCACUUUUCAAGCACAAAGGAAGCCGUGACGAUGCAGCAGCUUAUCGGGGCAUUUUAUUGUCCGAUUCCUUCGCUAAGAUCACACACGCGUGGACCCGUCAAAAGCUGCUUCUGACUCUGCAAGCAAGACGCACAAUCGGCCAACUAGGAGGUUUACCUUCCCAACAAACGUUAACAGGUAUCCAAAUCCUCCGGCUCCAUGGCAGUGUCAGCCAUGCAGCACAGUUAUCGACUUGUACGAUCUUCCUGGACCUGAGAUCUGCAUUUCAUCAUCUACUCAGGGAGUUGGUAUUUCUGACUUCAGACGGCUUGACUGAGCGAGACCUGGAGCAGAUCUUCCAUCAAGAUGACUUUGACAUUCCUGCCCUGGCCACAAAGAUUGCAACGCUCACAGCCACGCACCGAGAUGACAUCCCGCCUGGACUUCAGCGUUUCCUGCAUGAUAUACAUCAUCAGACAUGGUUUCAGUUGCGAGACGCCUCUGAUCUCCACUCUGGGACGUGCACUCACACACGUCGAGGUUCUCGGCCAAAGAGUCCACUUGCCGACAUCGCGUUCAACCUCUUGAUGGCAGAACUUCUCCAAGAUCUACACGAGGCCCUAUUGAGCAAUGAACACUAUGUAGAAGGUAGCAAUGCGCUUGGUGUCACCGUGCCCCCUGUUGCGUGGAUGGAUGAUGUGGCCAUCCCAUUGACCACCACUACACCUGAAGCUCUUGUGCCCCUUGCCCAACAAGUUACCGCGGUAGUCCACGGCCUUUUCCGGGCCCGGGGGCUUACGCUCAAUUUGGACAAAGGGAAAACCGAAGCAGUACUUUGCUUCAGAGGACAGGGCUCAGAUGCGCAGAGAUUGAAGAUUUUCGACACUGGGCGACAGCCAGUGAUCGUCGUCGACACGGACAGCCACAUUCUCACACUACGUGUUGUGCCGUCCUACAAACAUUUAGGCGCCCAAUACUCCAUGAACAUCGACGUUGGCCGUGAGAUCCGUGCUAGGCUUGGAGCUGCACGCCAAGCCUUUGAGGAAAUGAAAAAGCCGCUCUUUCUCAACAAACGACUUCCUGUUGCGGCAAGGAUGCAGUUGUUUCAGAGCCUUAUUCUUUCCAGGUUGCUUUACGGCUGUGCGGUCUGGACUGAUGUUCCCAACGCUCUCCUCAAGAAGUUGGAGACAACGCUCAUGGCCUACUAUCGACAAAUACAUGAUGUGGGAUUUUGGAAUCAAGACCACAUCACAGAUGACACAUUUCGCCGCGCUCAGCGGCUACCGACUUUCAGACAAUUCUGGGCACGUCACAAGCUGACCUACUUGCAGCAUGUUGCGCAGUUUGGAGCAGUCUUUCACAAGAGCUUGCUUUUUCGUGAACUUUGCACUGGGCGAGGCUGGCUUUUCGAAAUGCGAGAUGACUUAGAAUGGCUCAGCACUUUCCGCCAGCUCCCUUUUGAGCUGCCUCAUGAUCGACCCUCAUGGGUCCUUGCAUGGGAUGCCCUUCGUAGCUGCCGCCCAUGGAAAGGAUGGAUACGGAAAGCUUGUGCCAAACAUCUUAUCCAAGAGCACAUUGCCUGGGAAGUCAGCCACCAACAUACUGCCAUCUUGGAUGAGAUGCGUUCCAUUGGGCUGCAGCUGUUGAGUGACACCCCAGAGGAACCAGAACUGAAAUCCUAUGUUUGCCAGCAGUGCCAUGCAACCUUUGACUUCCACACCACCUUCAGAGUGACGCAGCAUUUGCGUUACCGACCGAACAAAUGUGUAUGCCGACUACCUGCUGUGCGUCGACAUCAAGGACCCUUGAGGCCUACGUCACAUCAUCGUGAACGCCAACGAGUUCGACAAGCUCUCCUUCAGCUUCAAGAAGAAGGGGCACCGGACUAUGCAUGGUGGGAGCCGGAUCUGGAUGAUCCCAUGGUCACAACAUGCUUCGCCAGGUUUGGCAACUGUCUUCAACAAUGGAAGCAGCAUCCCACUGAGGCAGCAUUUCACAAUGACUUUUUCAAUUUGCUCUUUAGCAUGAACAUCCCGGAGUUUCAAGCGGCGAGGAUCUUCAUCGCCUGGAUCGAGACUGAGUUCCAAGAUUUGCACUCAGCCUGCGACCCCGAGCUCUAUGACAUUUUGGAAUGCAGCCACAUGUCCAUGCUUGAAGACAUCCAUAUUUGGCAACUGCGUGCGAGAAGGAAAUUAUUGCAGAGCUGUUGGGAAAAACUCGAACAAGGGGAACCAAAGCCCUCUCGAGCAGUGCAGCCGCAACCCACUCCUCAUCAACGCAAUCAUCAGGUCUCCUCAACUUAUAGGAUGAUGUCGUCUGAUGAAGCUGGAAGAAGACAAUGGACCAUUCUGCAGCCACCGAAAGUCGUCAAGACACCAGGUGCUGGCCCAUAUUAUGUGGUCCACCUGUACUCAGGCAGGCGUCGAGACGAAGACUUUCACUAUUUCAUGCAGAAGUUCUUGGAGAAGGGACCUCAGCAGAUCUCGCAAUCAGUGCUGGUCAUCUCCAUUGACACGGCUAUUGACGCAUCCAUGAACGUCCAUGACACACGCCUUUGGGAUUUCUUGAUGGAGGCGGCACGGAAUGGGCAGAUUCUGGCUCUCCUACUAGGCCCACCGUGUGAAACAUGGAGUGGUGCCAGGUUUGAAGAGCAGUUCGAUGAGGAGGGAAAGCCAUUGAAAGGUCCGCGACCAUUGAGGGGAGCGCCUGAUUGUCCUUGGGGCCUGGAGCAACUAAGUCUCAAGGAGCUCCAGCAGAUCCUGAUUGGGAAUGGCCUACUCCUGAAAGGGCUUCACCUUGGAGCUUGCGUAGCGGGUCAAGGAGGAGCCGUUGCCCUUGAACAUCCUGCACCGCCCUACCAAAUCGAACGCCCAUCGAUUUGGCGUACCGCAAUCAUCAAACUCCUUUGCAGCGCAGGAAUGCCAUUUCGGCAAUAUACAUUUCAGCAAUGGCGACACGGCGCCCAAGGAGUCAAACCAACCACGUUGCUCUACGCCCAUGCAGCGAUCCCCAGCAUCUUUGCGGCGAACGAGCAACGUCAUUUGGAGCGGCCGACUGUUCCACUCAUCGGCAGAGCUGCCGAUGGCAGCUUCAAAACUGCUGUGGCAAAAGAAUACCCAGCAGGAAUGAAUUUUUGCUUUGCUGAGUCGUUUUGGCAGCACAUCAAGGCCCGACUCACCCAACACCCGAUUCUGGUCCCUGUCCCAGAAUUCCCGGUGUAUGUAAAGGAAUUGGCAUUGAUCUCGGCCUGCGUGGAUCGCGACCGAUUGAUCAUGUCAGCUGCUGAGGAAGCCGCAGAGGCUUUUUGGGAUUGGUACCUGGCGAUUCAAGAAGCGAAGAGCCAACUCAAGGCCUUCUGUACCGAUCUUUCCAACUUGGACAUUUCGCAGGGUAUACCCACUACGGCCAACAAGAAGAGCCUGGUGAAAACCGCCAUGAUGAGCUCAAGUGAUGUCUAUGAGCGGAAAAAACCAGAGAAACUGGUGGAGCUCGAUGAUCUACUGGUGAAAUAUGCUGAUAACUUGGAGGAGGCCUACAAAUACGUCUGCCAGAAGUAUGGCGAGUCUGCAGGGUUUCCCCAGUUGGUCCGGCCACGGUCGCGGCUUGACGCCAUCUCCCGGGACAUGGGGGUUUACAGCUACACGCACUGCUGCUUGCUCUGCGAGAAAGGCCUUGGCCACGGCGAUGAAUGGAGCUGUGCGGGGGUGCCGUCUGCGCUGUUUCGACGUGUGACGGUGGAUGGGAAAGCACAACACUAUUUGCUCCAUGACCCAGGAGAAGCUUCCGAGAGCCGACCAGUGCUUCUUUUCCUGCACGGUGCACACACCCACAUCUAUCCAGAGUUUCUCUGGGGUGAUCUUCGAGACUUGGUCAAAAAGAACCCCGUGGCGCGGGAGUUCAUCAUCUUGGCCCCGUUCGGUUCGUUUGGCGAAGCCAUCGCCACGCUGUCUGAGACGAAGAGGAAGUCGGACCGCUUCUAUAACAAGGUGCCAAACAUCAAGUGUUUCGAUCCAGACAAGACCUGGAAAUUCUUCAUGCAAGCGCUCCAAGAGCUGGAGACCCGAUUUGAUGCUGCCCGCUUGCACGUCACUGGCUACAGCAUGGGUGGUGAAACCACAUGGGCCCUGGGCAACUUCUUUGGUUCCCAAAUGGCCUCCAUCGCCCCUAUGGCCGCGGUGGCCCUCUGGGAGGAGGACAGCUGGGGGGAGGAGGCCAAAAUCGCCAAGGAGCUCCAGGGCUUGGCGUUGUGGGCCUACGCCUGCAAGUGGGACUUCAAGGCCUUCUCCUUCGACGACAUGUGGUACGUCUCAGAGAAACACGGCCUGCAGCUAGAAGCCGCCGAAGAAUCCGCCGUGACUGCCGGGGAGGUUGUUGCGGACGUCCACACCUGGAGCCCGCGACUCUCCCUGAGUUUACUGGAGAACACACCCACAUACCACUGGGCUUGGACUCCUGUGCUACACAACGAGGCUGAGUUCGGAUUGUUCAGCAAGAUGUUGUCCGUCCGAUGUGCCUGCCCACCGGAUGUCGCUUGUGCGCGUGUCGCCCGCUAUCCGGCUAGCCCGCCCUCGCCCAUCGGAUCGGGCCACAGAUGA